AUGAGGGGAAACAAGGACGACGAAACACAAUGCGACGAGACGUUGCAAGAGACCAAGGAACACGAGCAGGCUCCAGAGGUUGAACAGAACGGUAGCUCAUGGGGCAUCAACGGAAGCCCGAUCCAAUGUGCGGCGUACACAUCGAAGCUCCCCCAAGGCCCGAUCGAGGCGGUGAGUUUGUCCGACCUCCCCGACAUCUCGGGCACUAGUCCGUUUGGAGAAACCUUCCCAGAACGGCUAGUAGCCUUUUGUCGGUAA